AUGGAGCGGGUACGACCUCAAGCUGCACCAUACGCCCAGGGACGUCGCAUGUCAAUUUUUACCGAGGUUGGACUGGUGGAUGAGAAUAGGAUACAGGAGGAGCGGAGCCCAGUGCGAACACAUGAAUCGCUUGCGCGGUUGCGGCCUGUCAAGAUGCUGAGAUUCAAGAGUCUGAACGAUGUCUUCAACGAAAAUGGCGAGAGACAAGCCGACGACGAGGACGACUGGGAAUCAGUGUGCGGUGACGACGACGAGGACGACGAAGCAAACGAAUCGUUGCCAUCAAUUAUGACGACCUGCACAGCGCCGAUAUACUUGGCACCCACGAAACUUUACCGAUUGGGUCUGCUCAGUCUUCUGUUGGCACUGAUGCUACCCAUUAUGCAACUCAAUCCGCUCAAGCAUGUCGGAGUAAGGGGUGGCAUGAUUCCAGCAAACUCGAUCCAGGCCAACACCGAACGCUCCAUACUUGUCAGACGGGAAGAUAGUCCUACCGAUGCGUGCAGACGAUGGAGCGGUCAAAGCGCCAUUGUAAACGGCACCCUCUACAUGUAUGGCUUUCGUAGAACAACCGAGGCCCAGCAAACCCAGAACACAUGGAACAAUGACUUUCUCACUCUCGACUUGACCCAGUCCUGGCAAGUCAGCUCGCCUGCCCUGACCGGUCUUCCCAAACCUGCCGGUCCACCUGCUGUGUCGCUCGGCCAACUCUGGGCAUCGUACGAUUCGCUCUGGCUAUAUGGUGGUCAAUUCUCCGAUUCCCCCAUUGUCGAACCAGCAAACAACUCGAUAUGGGAGUAUAACAUUGGAAAGAAACAAUGGUUCGAGCAUGCCGAUCCUAAAACCUCGGCCGGCCAAAAGGCUGAGAAUGAGGGGCAGUCAGUACAGCGCGUUGCUGAAGGUGCUGGUCUUACUGUCAGCACACUGGGCAGAGGGUUUUAUUUUGCAGGCCAUCUGGACUUUCUCACCACCCAAGGCUGGAGCAACCAGAUUGCACGCGUCUAUCUCAAGAGUUUGUUGGAAUUCACCUUUCCGGGUCAUUCAAACAAUGCUGUAAACUCUCUGCAAAACGGAAAGACCGCAGGGUCUGAUGGCGCAUUCCGUAACAUCACCUACGGCGGAUUGCAAAACACGGCUUCGUUUCCAGAACGCGCGGACAGUAGUCUUGUAUACGUUCCCGGGUUUGGUGACGAAGGCUUACUGAUUGGUGUCACUGGGGGUGACAAUGCUACGUUUACGCAAAUGAACACUAUCGAUGUUUACGACAUUGCGACGUCGACAUGGUACAAGCAAACUACCUCAGGCAAGACUCCAAACUACCGCGUCAACCCCUGUACUGUUGUCGCUGCUGCUCAAGACGGCUCGUCCCAUAAUAUCUACAUGUACGCCGGUCAGGAUCUUGAACCGGCAGGCAAGCAGACGCAGCGUGAUGACAUGUGGAUUCUUUCCAUUCCCUCAUUUACUUGGAUCGAAGUGGACCAAGGUACGAGCAAGGCAAGCAUGCCUCCUGCCCGUGCUGGACACCUGUGCCAAGCCUGGGACGCGCAAAUGAUAGUCAUGGGCGGCUACAACACGAACCUAGGUUGCGAUACACCCGGUAUCUACGUGUUUAAUCUGAGCAGUUUGUCGUGGAGCAACCAGUUCACCGCCGUUACAGGGAAGAACGCGCUACAACAGUACAACAGUCAGGACAAGGGUAGUACCGGUAAUCCGCUUUCUCAGCAGAUCAAUCAACGAGGCUUCGGUGUCAACGCAGGUAUUGAAGGUUCAUACGGCUACGCUGUUCCUGAAGUCGUGCAAAGCGUCAUCGGCGGCAAAGCAACAGGAGGCGCAACACUCACCGCACCCGUCCAAACAGCCACCCAAGGCCCUCUCGCAACCGGAAAACCUCAAACAUACACUAUGACAGGUCCAGACGGUGCAACCAUCACCAAUGUCAUCAAUGGAAACCCUCAAGCUAUCAGUUCCGGAGAUAGCGGCCCCAACAUCGCUGCCAUUGUUGCUGGUGUCAUCGCCGGUGUUUUCUUCGUCAUUGCAGCGUACUUUGCGUUUUGCGCCUGGAUCUACCGUCGCCAGGUUCAGAUCUGGAAACAACAUGCCGCUACAAUGCAGACACGCGCCAACGCUGAAAAACUAGGCACGUUUACUUCGUCAUCAGGUCCGGGUACAGUUGGUGGAAGCAGCCACGGUGCUGCCGCUGGCUCGUUUGACAUUGGGCGUGGAAAUAAUAGUGGUGAGGCUGCGACGGCAUAUGGUGGUCCGGGUGCUGAAUGGGGUAGAAGAAACAGUGAAGGAAGCGUUGUGGACGGGCUUUUGGAUGGUCAGGAGCCUAGCUUCUGGGGCGCAAGGGGCGUUUUGCUUAACCCUAGGAGGAGUUUAAGGGUCAUCAAUAGGGAUUAAUGAUGGUGACAGGGUGGAGGGGGGACUUAAAGGGUGUGUAUGUCUGUUUCAUUUAUGAUUCCCCGAAUUUCUUUAUGUAUUCUUUUUAUUUUUGCCAUGUUUUAAAGCAAAGCAUUCGAUAGCGAGAAGCGAGGUCUUGAUGGUGCCGCUAUGAAUUGAAUGGAACAGAUAACCAAA